AUGGUGAUACUGGCUCUCGCCUCAGUGCACACGGUCCUUCUCCGUAUUGUAAACGUGCUGUACGACAUCACUGCACACCCAGAUAUCCUAUGCGAGCUUCGGGCCGAGAUAGAGACCGUAGCUAGGACCUGGGAGGAUAAGCCCUACGAGAGGUUACACAAGCUCGACAGCGUGCUGAUCGAGUCCCAGCGAAUGUCUCCUCCAACCAUUACCGGGUUGAAGCGACUCUUUCGCGCCGACUACACGUUUCAGAAUGGGCUGCACGUACCCAAGGGCUCUUACGUGUGCAUGCCCAUCUACGCUAUCGAGAACGACCCUUCGCACACCGAGGAUCCUCGGGCCUUUGACGGGCUGCGCCAGUAUCGUCUAUCCACAAAGGAAGAAGAUCUAGGGAUCCAAGGCAAUAGCAAGAGGGUGACUUUCAGCACACCCACGCCUACAAGACUGAAUUUCGGGUACGGUCGUGCUGCGUGUCCUGGCCGGUAUUUUGCCGAGCUGGAGCUAAAGAUGGUAUUUGUGAAGCUGCUGUGCGAGUACGAGUUCAAGUUCCUCCCGGGGGCUGAGAGGCCGGCCAAUUUGAUGUUACAUGAAUUUCUUUUCACGUGGCCAUGGACGAAAAUGCUUGUCAGACGUCGGCAGGGGGCUACAGCUCCCUUCUGA